AGCAGAGUCCGACAAUUUCGAGCAUGCAACCUCGCGUUCAGAGUCUACAACCUGCCUCCAUUCUACCAUUUGCCCAGCGUCCUAAGCACUAGUUUCCUCCACCUUCUCCACUCUGCUCUGGCUGCUCAUUCUCAAAUCUUUCCACUUCAGUUCAUCAUGCUCCGCCUCGGACGAUCAGCAGCCUCGGAAGUCUCCACCAUCCGCAGUAGACUGCAGCGUCAACGCGGUGCAACGAGCACUGCAAGGCCAUUGCAAUGCGCCUAUCAGACGCAGUCACACAGCAACCCAGAGCCGGAUGCGAAGCGUGGCCGGAAUCCAGUGAGCCUGGCGGUCAUGGGCGCUGCUGCGCUCAGCGUCGGUCUCGAACUGCAGACGGACGGCGUCGCACAGGCUCGAGCUGCAAUGGAGCCGGCUACGCAAUUGCAAAGACACAAGUGGCAAUUGUUCGAUCAGAUCGGUUCCGGUGCCUUUGGUGUCGUACGGCUUGGCAUGCACGAGGAAACCGGCGAAGUCGCGGCCGUCAAGAUCGUGCCGCUCGAAAAUCCCGAUGACCGACGUUCGUAUCCGGCACUGGAGCGUGAGAUCGCGGCUCUGAAGCUCGUGAAAGCCCUCGGAGGACACAAUAGCAUUAUCGAUCUGCGAGACGUGUAUGUGGAAGGCAGGAAGCUCUUCCUUGUUACCGAACUGGCCCGUGGAGGCGAGCUCUUCGAGCAAAUCGUGGCCUACGGGUCGUUCCCUGAGCUUAAAGCACGGGAUGUUGCCCGUGAGAUGGCUAGCGCACUCUCGUUCCUUCACCGACACGGACUUGUGCACAAGGACGUUAAACCCGAGAACAUUCUCAUGAGCGCACGUGUGGUUGACCCCAACGCCAACGGAGUAUUCCGCAAGGGCAGCCGCCACGAGAACUCCAGUCUUGUCAAGCUUGCAGACUUUGGCAGUGCCGGACCGGCUAGUGCAAAUACCAACCUCGAGGAAAUUGGCACGGGCGCGUACCUGCCACCUGAGUUGUUGACGUCGGGUGUCUGCACCAGCGCGUGUGAUAUGUGGGCACUGGGCUGUGUGCUGUACAUCAUGCUAAGCGGCUCGCACCCGUUCGACCUGGACGGCAUGUCCGCGGAUAAUGAGGUCGAACACCGCAUCAAGUCGGAGGCGAUCACCUUCGACUUCAGUGCUUGGGACCACGUGUCGCCCGAUGCGAAGGACCUCAUUUCCAAGCUGCUGGUGAAGGACCCAGCACUGCGUCUGACGGCAGACCAGAUGCUCCAACACCCGUGGAUGAAUGCGAAUGCCGAAGCUACCCUGCGUAGACCUUCGCCACUGCUGGCGGGCCAGCCGAUCCCUAUGAGCCUCGCGUAAAGCUCUGCGUACUUUGAAACACUACAACUACAUAUUUAAGUGGUGAAACACCAUAAAACGACCCACGAAAGAGGAGAUCGAGAAGAAGACAAUGUACAUAUCCAAUUUAGCAAAUAUAGCAACGUUUAUCAGAAGCGCAGAUACUGAUUGUAGUGGAAUGUACGAAGACAAACCAGGGCAAUGAGCAGAUGGAGAAGCGCUGCAUAAAGCCCAACUAUAACGUCUCACUUAAGGUUCCUAUCGCAUUAUUUAAAUGACCACCCCGCACACAACACGCCCGAAAGCACUUCACGAGGUGGAGAUACCAAAUGCUACCAAAAUCGAAAACACCAAACACAC